AUGAACCCUUGGCUGACCGACGCCUCCUCGAAUCCAAACAAUCAUGUUGGCUUUGGAGGCCCAAUGGAUGCUGGCAUGUCUUUCCUGCAACCUCCUCAGACGAUAAAUCCUGCUCAGUUCCAGAAUCCCGGCUUCCUAAAUGGCGCCGCCCGAACCACCUCACCUGCCUUCCACAACCCUGUCUAUCAGACGAACCCGGUGAUACCUUCCAAGAGAGCAAGAGAAGAUAGUCUAGUCACGUCGCCGCGGCAGGCACCUGGUGGCUUACCUGGCUCGCGAUCACAGACACCUGGACAAGGUCCGUUCCCCGGAUAUAACCCCCAGGCCAACGGCGUCCCGGCGAUAUCAAACGCUCCCACACCAUUUGGACAUCUCCAGACGACAUCUAACGCCUCUCCAUCUCCAACCAUACAACAGCUGAACCAUUUCGCCUCAGCCCAAGCCAAUCAACGCGUCGCGACAGCGUCACCUAGCCCGUUUUCGCCCCAACAUGCUCCCCCACAUGCUUCCCCAGCUCCUUCAGACCACGCGAGUCGCGUCGGCACACCCCAUGAUAACCCUCAAAACUUCUUGUCGAAUGGUGUUUUUGCGCCGGGAUUCAAUCAACCUCAAUUCGGUCAGAAUAUGAGCAAUGGCAUGCCACAAAUGGGCAUGAAUCCCCAGAUCAAUAUGGCGGCGCAACAUCCAAACGCGGUUGCAACCCACCCGCGCAACUACCAGUUGCAGCUUCAGGCUCAAGCGCGUCAGAUGCAGGCGCAAGCUCAGGCUCGUGGCAUGAACGGGAUGCCAACCAAUCCUAGCCAACACGGUUCCAACCCGCCGAUGCCGCAAGGAGCUCCGGCAGUGUUUCACCCUGCCAGACCUAAUAAUCCCGAGGAUUUUAUACGGGGCCUCCAGCAAUUCAUGGCCGCUCGUCAUCGCCAAGUUGAUCUAACACCGGUGAUAUGUGGCCGACAACUGCCGUUGUUACGGUUGUACGCCGCCGUGGUGAAAAGUGGGGGAUCACAAAGGAUAUCCAAGCUGAAUCAGUGGGCCUCGAUUGCGCUCCAGUUUGGCUUUCCACCACCGCAACAGAUGCAGGCAGCUCAAGAACUCCAGGCGUACUGGAUGAACAAUCUUGCCCCUUAUGAGGCUGCUUGGCAGCUGUCGCAGCAGAAACAAAAGAUGGCAGCACAGGCCGCAAUACAGGGUCAAUCCCAGAUGUCACCCCCGCGCGAUCAACCUCCAGACUCUACUCACCAGAGAAGUGCAUCGGCCAAUGGACCAGUUGCCCAACAACCACAACUCCCUACAGCAAAUGGAUAUAUGCAACCUCCCCAUGCUCCUACACAACAAGAUCUCUCGGCAACUCCCCAACACCGUUCUAGCGUAUCGAGGCAGUUCGAUCCUCAACAGAUGGCUGCUAUGCAGGGCCAGGUCCAGGGCCAAACCCCUCAAAAGCGGCCUCAAACCAGCGGGGGAAAGAUGGCGGAACCUGAACCUGACUUGAACAAACCCUUGUCGAGACCGAUCGAGGAUCCUUUCAAGCCGGAUGUCCUCCCUCCGAGCAGAUUUCACGGACCGAUCAACGUGGAGGAGAUGUUCAUUAUCGGACAACACAUCGCUGAAUCCAAACCAUUCGCACCCUCUAUACGAGAGUUGGGAGUAAUUGACAUCCACGCUCUGACUAUGGCAAUCAAAUCUGGAAUGCACGCCGAGACACGGGUGGCAUUGGACACACUUGUCACGCUUUCGAUGGAGUCUUCGUUGCCAUUGGCAUUAAGUGAAUGCGACGACCUUGUUGACACAUUACUGGAUUGUGCUCAGGAUCAGGUCACCUUCCUCAGCGAACACGCAACUGAAGUCUCCGACGAAAUGUUCCUCACCUCCUAUGAAGAUCUUGUCCGGGCCUGUCGCAUCGAGAAUGAGUCCUUACAAGAUGUUCCCGAGUUUGGAACAGUUGCAUACGAUCUGGAAAGAGCCGCGGAUCGCUUGAUUUGUAUCACCACCCUGUUGCGCAAUUUCUCUUUUUACGAAGCCAACUUUGUCCCCCUGGGGCAGCCAGAGGUUGUCAAGCUGCUCAGCACUGUAAUUCGAUUUCUGGGCACCACGGAAAUGUUUUUGCGACACAACAGAAACACCCUGGAUUUCAUGAAAGAUGUGGUCAUCUAUUUUAGUAACUUGUCGACCUUACUUCAGCUCCCAGGGAAAGAAGAAGCACUCUGUGUCCUUCAUUUCCUUCUCGCAUUCGCACCCACUCCAGCGCCGACCUCAAGUUCCACGACCAAGGUCUCCUUCGUCCCGUACUCACCCGCUUUACACAAGUACAUGCCUUCUGCUGUCGAUAGUCUCGCUAAGCUCCUGGCGCGCGAUGAACCCAACCGCACGUACUACAAAGCCAUCUUCACAGCCGACAGUCACUCGAGUCCUCCGUACGAACUAUUGACGAGAGCAUUUGGGCUCGCCAUUUCCUCAAUCCCGGCAAACUCAAACCAUACCAGGCCACUCAUCGAGGCACGCAAACCUUUCCUCCUGCAAGGAAUGUUGGCCGCAGAAAUUUUGGCAGGUCUCGCACCAAGUUCAGACCACCCAUUGGCGCGCUCAUGGCUAGAAUCGCAUGAUGGCUUUGCUGGCAAUCUUCUCCGCUUAGUCAGUUUGUUGGGUGCGGAUCGGACGACCCAGACUGCUCCUAGGCAUCCCCAACCAAAUAAUCGAAAUAACGCUUUUGAGCCAGAUGCCAAUGGCUACGGGGCGAUCGCGAAUCGUGCUAUCUCUGUCUUGAAGACCCUGGUGCAAAAGGCCCGCAGGACCGAUGAAAGUGGCUCGACGGUAGUACCGCUGGGCAUUAUGCCGAGCAAAGAAAGUCUUCUUGGAGCCAUGAUUCAAAAAGACAUUGACCCGGGCAUACUGCGACAGCUCUGUGUUUAUGCCGGUCUAGAGGAUUAG